AUGGAAAUGGAACUGUCUAGCAACUUUAUGAAAAAACUGAAUCAAUUGAAGUCAUUGAAAAUUCGCUCCAAGUUUAUUUUCGGUGAAGAUUUAAGAUCGUAUAUUGGUGAAUUGAAACAAUUGAAUAGUCUUAAUAUAAGUGAUUGUAUUAAUAUUGGAAACAGGGGAGUAAAUGUUAUUAGAGAAUUGGACAAAUUAACUGAACUACAUAUUGAUAACUGUUGUAUUGGAGAGAAAGGAGCCAAAAAAAUUGGUGCAAUGCAACAAUUGAGAACAUUAAGUAUUAAUGGGUGUGGACUUGGUAAAAAAGGAGUGGCAUCUGUUUGUAAAUUAAAAGACAUGACGAAACUUGGUAUCAGAAAGAAUCAUAUUAGUGAUUCAUUAGCCUUAGAAAUUAGUCAAAUGACCAAAUUGACUGAAUUGGAUGCUGGUGUCAAUGACAUUGGACCGGAGGGAGCAAAAUCAAUAAGUCAAAUGACAAAUUUAAAAACUCUUCUACUAGAUUUUAAUGAUAUUGGAAAGGAAGGAGUCAAAUACAUUAGUGGAAUGAAACAAUUAAUAUCCCUUAAUAUUAGUGAGAAUGAUAUUCGUGAUAAGGGAGUUAAAUCAAUUAGUGAAAUGAAAAAUUUAACCUGUCUGUCUGUCAGAUCAAACUCUAUUGGUGAUGAAGGAGCUAAAUAUAUUAGUGAAAUGUCAAAUUUAACUCAGCUAGAUAUUAGUUGUAAUGUCCUAACCCAGAAAGGAAUCAAAUUACUUCAGGAAUCAUUGAACAAAUUAACUUCUAACAUAGUCAAAUGA